AUGAAUACAAUAAUCAGUGAAUUUAGCAUGAACGAUUUGAAUAGUAAGUUCUUCGAGAUAAUGCAAAAUGAAAAGAGUGCGGAGGAUGCAGCAAAUUUUAUAUACGACAAUGUUUACGACGAUGUAGCGUUGGGCGUGCUUUUUGAGUUCCAUCAUGGCUUGAAAACAGGUCUCACGGAGCUUUUAGAAGGCGAAAAGGAGGAAGACGAAGGGUAUAAGAUAGUUAACUCCCCAGAAUGUGAUGUUUUCGGUUUCUCUAUGUUAAAAAAGACCCCAGACUCAAAUUGCUCAUGCCCUAAUUGUGAUAGACCAGUUUCAGCGACAAGAUUUGCUCCACAUUUGGAAAAAUGCAUGGGUAUGGGUCGCAACAGUUCCCGUAUAGCAUCACGUCGUAUUGCAUCCAAUAGUAGAGAACCGACUUCUUAUGCUGGCCUCUUGAGUGACGAUGAGGACGACGCUGAUUGGUCAACAAUACACAGCGAGCGACGCAAACGAAGAAUAAAGAACAAUAAUAGCAAAAAGCCCGCCAAAAUUCACAAAGGUAACAAUGGAAAUCAUAAUUCUGAUUCCAACGACGGUUGCGCCACCUACGAGACUAUGUCCGCAAAUGAAAAGAAGAAUCUCCUUCUCCAAAUAUGCGGUGUUGUCUCUGAACACACCAAGAAAUUGUGCACACGAUCCACCCGUUGUCCCCAACACACGGAAGAACAGCGCCGGGCUUUAAGGAACAGUGUUCUAGAACCUUCCACUCCGGAGUCACAGACAAUGGGUUUGACUGCUGACGAAGCAGGCUCGCCUCCUGACUCGAGCCCUUCAUCCUCUUGUUCGUCAUCAAGCCGCAAACGUGACAGACAUCGCGCUCAGCCCAGGAACAAGAAAAGAGAUCGUAAUAUCUCACCCAAUAGGGAUUAA